CCGUUGCUAGGGCCGGGCUCAGCGCGGGCCCCUCUGGCAAAGGUAACGGGCGGGGACGGAAAACGGUAACGGGGUUAGACGGAAAGUCCCGCCUCUGCGUCUCCAGUGGUCGGUGGUGUCGCCCUUUUCCGGAGAGACGGGAUGGAAGACCAGGACCCCGCUGCGUGAGACUGACCCGGACCACUAAAGUGGGACGCGGUUCUCGAAACAAACUGUCAAGAAAAUGCAAGAACCUCCAAAGAACAUUGAAGAAUUCUUAAAGCUUCAAAGCUUGGAUCAUUGGCCAAAGGAAAUCCAUUUUGGGGAUAAUGAUAAAUUGUUAUGUACUCUGAAGAAAAUAAAAGAAGAUAGUUCAUUUACUUCAAUUUAUACACAUCUGUGGGGAAAUGUCCCGCGAGUACAUGAUGCAGCCAUGGCCAUGGAGUCAAGAUUAGCAGAGUGUUCAAUUCUUCUGAAAAACCAUGUCUCUGAAAUAUUUGAGUGGAACAGAAUAAUUUCCAGGACAAGUUCUCAUGGAAAAUUGGAACAAUAUAAGGCAUUUGUAAGGAAUUACCAUAAGGAAAAGAAGAUAAUGCUUUCAGAUGACAUGGAGACAAAGAAGGAUAUAGAGGGUUGCAACUUCCCAGGAUUCAGAACAAAUGAGCUUACUCGACUACCCAGACAUUUGAAUGCUGAACGAAUUUAUCUUUAUAUUUUAAAAACCCAUAACUUUGAGGGAAAAAUUCUUAAAAUCUGGAAGACUCAUUUUCUCUCAGAAGCCUCUGUUGCUCUUUUGCAUGAUUCCUUUUGGUGGUGGUUUCUCCAUAAAUUUAAGCCUGACAGAGAAAGUCAAGAUUCCUUGUUUGAUAGAAUUUCAGAAAGUUAUGUGUCACUUUUCAUGAGCAUACCUCUAAGUCGAAAGGAUGCAUUUUUUCAGGUGUAUCCUGAUUGUUUGGCACAAGCUAUCUAUGCAACAUUCCAGGAAGCGUUUCCAGAAUCCAGUGAUUUCUUUAAUGAUGAAUUUAAAGAAGAUCUAGGGAAUAACAUUUUUCUCUGGUUGUCAGGUUUAAAACCUAAAAAAGACUUUUGGACCCACUGGAAGCUGAACGAACUCUCCACAACAACCAUUCAUGGUAGCAAGAAAACACCUUCAGAAUCUAUAAAGGACAGCAUUGCAAGAAGUCAAGAAUGCAUAUCAACUUAUAUAGACUUCAAUAUGACAAAAAUUUUAAAGAACCCGGAAGGAUAUACAAUGCCCGCAUCCAAGGAAGAAUCAAGAUUAUCAGGACUACCAACAGAGUCCCAUUAUAGCAGUAGUGGCCCAGAGUUUAACCGUGUUCUCUUCAAUUUUGGAGGUCAGAGUCCACUGAUUUUAUAUUAUCUUAAGAUGCAUGAGCUAGCUGGUAUUUCCAAAGCCCCUAGACAAGUCAAGAUUAAACUCACUGAAAUAGUGAAAGAACCAUCACCUGCUCCAACUUAUUGUGAUAGUCUAAAGGAGGCAAAAAGACAAUUUGCAAACAACCAAAAGGAUUUUAGAAUGCUCCAAGCAAAGGCUACCAAGAAACCUUACGAAGUUAAGAAUGAUUUUGAGAAUUUCCUACAAAAACUGCGUUCUGAAGCCCAAACUGAGAGAAAAUUUCUGGCAUCACUAUCAUCAUCAUCAUCAUCAUCAUCAACAACAACAGCAGACUUCAACCUUGAGGAAGAAGAAUGCCAAGAGAAACCAGAAAUAAACUGUACUUAAGAAUGUAUGUUUAGUUCAAGUACAAUCCAUGAGGUCAGUAUUGAUGGUCUUUUCCCAUUUGUUUUUAAAAAUCUUGAAAUCAAUAA